ACACACCGCCCCAACAACCUCCAACCGAUGACAGUUCAUCUCCGGAACGAGUUUAUGCGCUCAUCUGGACUCCACACGUAAAGUAAACGCGGUGUUUGCCACCGUUUUAGCAUGAAUUCAUCCGGUAUGCUGUGUGACAAUGAGCGGCCGCGGCACCGACCUUUCCUGAUCGGUGUGAGCGGAGGAACGGCCAGCGGGAAGUCCACAGUAUGUGCAAAAAUCAUGGAGCUUUUGGGACAGAAUAAAGUGGAUCACCAUCAGAGGAAGGUCACUAUUGUCAGCCAGGACAGUUUCUACAGAGUUCUCACUCCAGAACAGAAGGCAAAGGCUUUGAAAGGCCAGUACAACUUUGACCAUCCAGAUGCGUUUGAUACGGAGUUCAUGUGUCAGACAUUGAAGGAUAUAGUAGAAGGGAAGGUGGUGGAGGUUCCUACAUAUGACUUUGUCACCCAUUCCAGGCUGUCAGAGAAGAUCUGUGUUUAUCCUGCUGACGUGGUGCUUUUUGAAGGGAUUCUGGUGUUUUACACACAGGAAGUCCGAGACAUGUUUCACAUGAAGCUGUUUGUGGACACAGACUCAGAUGUGCGCCUGUCUCGCAGAGUUCUGCGUGACAUGAAUAGAGGUCGAGAUCUGGAGCAGAUCCUCACACAGUACACAACUUUUGUCAAACCAGCCUUUGAGGAGUUCUGCCUUCCGACCAAGAAAUAUGCAGAUGUCAUAAUACCCCGUGGAGUUGAUAACAUGGUGGCAAUAAAUCUGAUCGUCCAGCAUAUUCAGGACAUCCUAAACGGUGACAUCUGCAAGUGGCAGAGGGGUUCGGUCAAUGGCCACAACCAUGGGCGGAGUCUAAAGAGGGGUGUGGCCGAACAUGGUGAAAACCCGAGUGGAAGCAGCAGCAACCUUACAAAGCGUCCAUUACUGGAGCCCAGCACACGACCACACUGACACAAUGUAGAGCCUGUACAUCACACACACCUCAAUCACCGCAUGCUUCCAACACAAUGGCUGUAGCCCAAAUCGCCCCUACACCCUCAUUCACUAUUACUUAUAAAA